AUGUGCGCGGCGGGGAGGCGCUGGGGCCGGCGGCAGCGAGUGCUGCUGUGGGGCGUCCUGCUGGCGGCCUGGGAGGCGGCGUGGGGGCAGCUGCGCUACUCGGUGCUCGAGGAGAUGCCCAAGGGCUCGUUCGUGGGCGACGUGGCCAAGGAUCUGGGGCUGCAGCUGCCGGAGCUCACAGACCGCGGCGUCCGCGUUGUCACCGGAGGUAGGAAGCAGUAUUUUGCUCUGCACGGGAAGACGGGACAUUUAGUGACGGCAGAGAGGAUCGACAGAGAGCAGCUUUGCCGGCUGGUGGAGCAAUGCGUGCUGCGCUGUGAGCUGAUAGUGGAGGGGGAAACGAAGGUUUAUGAAAUCGAAGUAGAAGUCACGGACAUUAACGACAACGCCCCGAGCUUCAAAGAAAUCGAACUCGAGGAGAAGAUAAGCGAGACGACAAGCCCGGGAUCUCGGUUUCCCCUCCCAGACGCUCACGACCCCGACUCGGGGCGGAAUUCCCUGCAGAGCUACGAGCUGAGCGGCGACGAGCACUUCUCGCUGGCCGUGCAGACGGGCCCCGGCGGGGAUCAGCGUCCCGAGCUGGUGCUGGCGAAGGCGCUGGACCGGGAGGAGGCGGCGUUUCACGAGCUGGUGCUGAGGCCGAGCGACGGCGUUGCCCAGAACAUGCUGGACACUCAUCUGGAGACUGUUAAAUGGCUGCGGCUCGGCGCGGACAAGCAAUACUUCACGGUGAGCGAGACAAACGGGAACCUGUACGUGAGCGAGAGGCUGGACCGGGAGGAGCUGUGCGGCGAGUCGUUGUCCUGCUCUGUCAGCUUCGAGGCGCUGGUGCACAACCCGCUCAACGUUUUCCACGUCGGGGUGGCCAUUGAGGACGUGAAUGACAACUCCCCGUCCUUCAGAAAGGAUGUUUUGGAACUCGAGAUCGGUGAAUUAAUUCCUCCCGGCACUCGUUUUCCUCUGGAGAUGGCCCGAGAUGCGGAUGUGGGCAGGAACUCACUGCUGACUUACGAGCUCAGCAGCAACCCGUCCUUCAGUCUGUCCAUGAAGGAGAGACCAGGCGGAAAGAAGCAGCCUGAAUUAGUGCUGGAGAGAGCGUUGGACCGGGAGAAGCAGAGCUCCUUUGAGUUGGUGCUGACGGCAGUGGAUGGCGGGGACCCAGCGAGGUCUGGGACUGUCCAGAUUCGUGUCAACGUGUCUGAUGCCAACGACAACCCUCCCGUGUUCAGCAAAACAGUGUACGAGGCGCGAGUGGCCGAGAAUCUGCCGGCAGGGUCACUGGUGCUGCAGGUGCGGGCCACGGAUGCGGACGCGGGGUCCAAUGGGCGGGUCUUCUAUUCCUUCGGCGACGUCCCCGACUCCGUCAGCGCUUUAUUCUCUGUCGACAGCGAGAGCGGUGAGAUCAGGACAGCGGGUCCCCUCGACUUCGAGGAGAAGAGUGAGUACAGCUUCAGCCUGGAGGCGACGGACGGCGGCGGGUUCACUGAUCACUGCGAAGUGCAGAUAGACGUGACGGACGAGAACGACAACGCGCCCGAGAUCACGAUUCUGUCACUGUCGAGCCCCGUUUCUGAGGACGCGCCGACGGGAACCGUGGUGGCCCUGCUGAACGUGAACGACCCAGACUCCGGCGAGAACGGUGAGGUGUCGUGCGAGCUGUCGGGAGAGGCGCCGCUGUCGAUCGUGGCGUCGUCGGGCGGCUCCUACAAGGUGUGCCGGGAGGAGGCUGCGGGCGCCGCUGUUGACCGAGAGGAGCGAGAGGAAGGUCGGAGCGCUGCAGCCCCGCCCGCUGCGGCCCNCGAGGCCGCUUGGCCGCCGCCGCCGCUGCCCAUCGUGUCCGCGGAGGAGCUUGUGGCCGGGGAGCCCUGCGAGAAGCCGAGUCCGAGCAGCAGCGCCGUCCCGGGAGAGCCGCCCGCUGACCCCGACGCACCCCAGAUCGGGAAGCGGUCGGUUUCUGAUCUUCCCCGCGGUGCGGAUCCGAGCUUUAGCGAGGCGGCGGGGCGGGCGGCAGAGGCCGGGAGUGGCAAGUCGGAGCCGGAGCGGGAGCCGGAUCGGCGGUGGUCGGCGGGGAUCUGCCGGCGGUGUUGCGGUGCCGGCGGUGCGGCGGCGGAGAUGUGCGCGGCGGGGAGGCGCUGGGGCCGGCGGCAGCGAGUGCUGCUCUGGGGCGUCCUGCUGGCGGCCUGGGAGGCGGCGUGGGGGCAGCUGCGCUACUCGGUGCCCGAGGAGAUGCCCAAGGGGUCGUUCGUGGGCGACGUGGCCAAGGACCUGGGGCUGCAGCUGUCGGCGCUCCUAGACCGUGGUGUCCGGGUUGUCACUGAAGGUAGGAGGCAGUAUUUUUCUCUGCACGGGAAGACGGGACAUUUAGUGACGGCCGAGAGGAUCGACAGGGAGCAGCUGUGCCGGCUGGUGGAGCAAUGCGUGCUGCGCUGUGAGCUGAUAGUGGAGGCGGAGAUGCAGGUUUACGGAAUCGAGGUGGAAAUCAUGGAUGUUAACGACAACGCGCCGAACUUCAAGGACACUGAGGUGGAGGAGAGGAUAAGCGAGACGACAGCCCUUGGGUCGCGGUUUCCCCUGGCCAGGGCUCACGAUGCGGACUCGGGACGGAAUUCCCUGCAGAGCUACGAGCUGAGCGGCGACGAGCACUUCUCGCUGGCCGUGAGGGAGAGCCAGGACGGCAACAAGUUCGCAGAGCUGGUGCUGCACCGUGCACUGGACCGGGAGAGCGAGCACAGUCUGCGUCUGAUGCUGACUGCGCUGGAUGGCGGUGACCCGCCCCGGAGCGGCACCGCCCAGCUCUGGAUCAACGUCACCGACGCGAACGACAACGCGCCUGUGUUCAGCCAGGCGGAGUACACGGUGCGUGUGCCGGAGGACGUGCCCGUGGGCUCCACUGUAGUCACCGUCACAGCCACCGAUGCCGACGAGGGUCUGAACGGGCACGUGAGAUAUUCGUUGAAGAAAGAGACGGACGUGGCUAUUUUUCAUCUGGACUCUGAGAACGGAGCAAUCAGUCUGUUGAGGAGCCUGGAUUUCGAGGAAGGUGACAACUAUGAACUGGAGGUGCAGGCAAGGGACGGAGGAGGGCUUUUCGACACGACAAAAGUCGCGAUCACCGUGACAGACAUAAACGAUAAUGUGCCCGAGAUUUCGGUCAGAUCGGCGCUAAAUGAGAUCUCUGAGGAUGCCCCGACGGGGACGGUGGUGGCCCUGCUGCACGUGCACGACCGCGAUUCUGCGGCAAAUGGCGAAGUGCGCUGCUCGCUGGACGGGGGCGUCCCGUUCCGGUUGGAGAGCUCGCAGGGCAGCUACUACCGCGUGGUGACAUCGAGAGAGCUGGACCGGGAGCAGGAGUCGGAGUACAACGUGACGGUGCGGGCGGCCGACGGCGGUCGUCCGUCGCUGCAGAGCAGCAGGCUGAAGUAG